AUCAUGAAGCUCUCCCUCCGUCUCAGUGCUUUCGCCUCCCUCGCCGUCUGCGUCGUUGCGCACGAGGGCCAUGACCACGACACCCAGAUGCCUCUCGACUACGUUCGGUUCCCUUACCAGGCCAUGUACCCCGGUGACAAUGAAGUCACAGCGGACUCUGUCUUCUCCGGUAUCGCCACCUUUGCCAAGCUACCCUGGGUGCAAUGCCUUGGAAGGGAUAGAGAUGCCUCCUUUGAUGUUGCUUUCAUCGGUGCACCGUUCGAUACUGGAACAUCCUACCGCCCGGGAGCUCGCUUCGGGCCUGCGGGUAUUCGUGCCGGCUCUCGUCGCUUGACACUCUACGGCGGUUACAACGUGCCUCUCGAAGUCAAUCCCUUCCACUCGGGACUCAAGAUCGUCGACUGCGGUGACAUCCCCGUUACCCCGUACGACAACAAGUACGCCAUAAAGCAAAUCGAAGACGGACACAAGUCUCUGCUCCACCGUCAGACCUUCUCGCCGCUUGGCAACGACUCCGCUACCGGUCUGCCUCUCGUCCCCAUUUCUGUCGACGGGAAGCAUCACCCUCGCGUCAUCACGCUCGGUGGCGAUCACACGAUUGUUCUCCCGCUGCUUCGAUCUAUAUACAGUGCUUACGGGCCGAUUUCUGUCAUCCACUUUGACAGCCAUCUCGAUACCUGGAAGCCUCAGGUCUUCGGUGGUGCGCCCACCGAUCAAGCGGCGAUCAACCAUGGCACGUACUUCUACUGGGCAAGCCAGGAGGGGCUCAUCAAGAACGGAACUUCCAUCCAUGGCGCCAUCCGCACCACUCUGUCCGGCCCUGCGGACUAUGUCAACGACGAUGAAUCUGGGUUCCAACGAAUCGAGGCCCGCGAAAUUGAUACCAUCGGCACCGCGGGCAUUAUUAAAAAGAUCCGCGAUACCGUGGGUGAUCAGCCGGUCUACCUGUCCAUCGAUAUUGACUCCAUCGACCCUGCGUUCGCUCCUGCGACCGGGACGCCAGAGACGGGCGGAUGGUCCACGCGCGAGCUGCGCACGAUCCUCAGAGGUCUAGACGGUUUGCAUAUCGUUUCUGCUGACAUCGUGGAGGUUGCCCCUGCUUAUGACACCAAUGCCGAGCUGACGACGAUGGCGGCUGCGGAUGUGCUGUACGAAGUCCUCAGCGUUAUGGCCAAGACACCGCUAGGUAAGGUUUUGGUUUGACGCUGGACGGCGGCAUUCAAUGGCAUCGAAGCCAUGCGCAUGAGUGCUCUAUGCAGUCCUGUUGUAUUCGGCUCGCUCCUGUUGUCUCGGCAUACGUGAACUGUAUUAGGUCAAAACAUUGUUUACCAAUCUGCAUUCAGAGAAUCUUCGGGUUCGCAUGGCGGC